AUGCAGGGGCUUGGCGCAGUGCACUCCUCCGCGGCGCAGGCUCUCAGCCUCGUGGUCCUAGUGCUGCUGCGGCUGCUGACUCAGCUGCCGGGCGCAGACUCAGCCCUCCGGUACCGGGUGGCGGAGGAGGGCCCGCCCGACGUCAAGAUCGGCAACGUCGCCGCCGACCUGGGCCUGACGGCGGGCACCGGGAACGGGGACGUCACCUUCGCCCUGGAGAGCGGCUCUGAGUUCUUCAAGAUUGACAACGUGACAGGUGAGCUGACGACUGGCACGAGGCGCAUCGACCGCGAGAAGCUCUCCCAGUGCCAGAUGAUAUUUGACGAGAACGAGUGCUUCCUGGACUUCGAGGUGUCAGUGAUUGGCCCUCUGCAGAGCUGGGUGGACCUGUUCGAGGGCCGGGUGGUCAUAACAGACAUCAAUGACAACACACCUUCCUUCCCCUCACCUGUGCUCCAGCUUUCGGUGGAGGAGAACCGCCCAAUAGGAACCCUUUACCUGCUGCCCACAGCGACCGACCGGGAUUUCGGACGGAACGGCAUCGACCGGUACGAGCUGAUUCAGGACGGUGCGAGUGGGACGAGUUCAACGAGACGCACGGCUCCAGGAUCUACCAUCGCUAGAGUGGAGGGGCUCGGGGACCGUAGGGGUAGGAGCGGUGAUAGCGGAGGAGGACCCAGAAGCACUGUGUUCGAACUGCAAGUUGCAGAUAUACCAGAUGGCGAAAAACAACCGCAGCUCAUUGUGAAAGGCACGUUGGAUCGGGAGCAAAAGGACUCCUACGAGCUGGUCCUCAGGGUUCGAGAUGGGGGGAAUCCGCCGCGUUCCUCCCAAGCCCUGCUUCGCGUUUCCAUCACCGAUGUGAACGACAACAGCCCACAGUUCGAGAGGUCCACGUACGAGGCGGAAAUGGCUGAAAAUGCCCCUCCAGGUACGCCAGUCCUCCAGGUGAGAGCUUCAGACCGCGACAUUGGAGUCAACGGGCAGGUGGAGUACGUCUUUGGAGCAGCCACCGAAUCCGUCCGGCGUCUCCUGCGCCUGGACGAGGCCACUGGAUGGCUGAGCGUCCUCCACAGGAUCGACAGGGAAGACGUGGCACAGCUGAGGUUCACGGUGACGGCCAGAGACCGGGGUCAGCCUCCCCGCACCGACCGAACCACCGUGAUUUUGGCUGUCCGGGAUGAAAACGACAACGUACCGGUGGUGGAGAUCCGGAAGAUCGGACGGAUCCCAGUUCGUGAUGGAGCAGCGUUAGUGCCGGAGAACGUCCUGGUGGACACCCCAGUGGCUCUGGUUCAGGUGUCGGACCGGGACCAGGGAGAGAACGGCGCCGUGACGUGCACAGUUGUGGGAGACGUCCCAUUCACGCUGAAGCCGGCUGGAGAAACGGCCCUCCCACCCCUACCUGCAGACGAAGCCUUUGACAGGAAUAAGAAAAAAUACUUCUUACAUACUUCCGCCUUGCUGGACUACGAGGCCACCAAAGAGUACAGUGUUACCAUUGUGGCAGUAGAUUCCGGCAGCCCAAGCCUGUCCAGCAACAGCUCGCUGAUGGUGCGAGUGGUAGAUAUCAAUGACCAUGCCCCAGUCUUUGCCCAGAGUGUCCUGGAAGUCCACUUUGCUGAGAACAACUCACCUGGGGAAAGGGUAGUCACUGUGGUAGCCUCAGAUGCGGACAGCGGCAAGAAUUCGGAGAUUGCGUACUCUCUGGACCCUGCUGGAAACGGGCCAUUCUACAUCGAUGCAGAUAAUGGAGAUAUCCGUGCCACUGGGGUUCUGGACCGCGAGCUGCGAGAGAGGUAUGAACUCCGGGUGAUUGCCAAGGACAAGGGCACGCCUUCCCUGCAGGGCUCUGCAACUGUUGUGGUUCAGGUGACCGACCGCAACGACAACGCGCCAAAGUUUGUUCAGGAAAUCUUCACAUUCUACGUGAAAGAGAACCUGCUCGCCAACAGCCCGGUCGGCAUGGUCACCGUGACCGAUGCCGACGAAGGCGAGAACGCAGAACUCAGUCUGUUUGUGGAGAUGGAUGGAGUCGAUGAGAAGAAGGCGGGAGAGAAGGUUGAAGGAGAAGAUGGCGAGAAAGAAGAAGAGGAGGUGUUUUCCAUCGAAAACAACACGGGAACUAUCUUCUCUGCUGCGUCGUUUGACCGGGAAAAGCUUUCCACCUACACCUUCCGUGUCCGCGCUGUGGACGGAGGGGAGCCACGCAAAACCGCCACCGCCACAGUCUCGCUCAUUGUGACGGACGAAAACGACAACGCCCCCUCCGUCACUUCCCCAGCCAAUGAGUCCUACACCCUCCUUCCACCCGCCAGCAGUGCCCGGACCAUCGUCAGGACUGUGACAGCCAUAGACUCAGACACCGGCCCCAAUGCAGACCUUCGCUAUGCCCUUGUCGGGGGGAAUCCCUUCCGACUGUUUGAGAUCGGCCACACCAACGGGGUGAUCACCCUUGCUGAACCUCUUGAGCGGCGCCACAGAGGCCUGCAUCGCCUGGUGAUCCGGGUCAAUGACAGCGGGGCCCCCUCCCUCUGUACCACCGCCCUGGUCCACAUCUUCAUCAACGAGAGCUUGGCCAACGCCACCCUGGUGGAUGCACAGGUGGCCCGAAGUCUCAUGGCUCCACUGUCCCUGGACAUCGCAGGGGACCCGGACAGCGAGCGCGCGUUGGGGAAACAGCGCCUCAGCGUGGCCAUCGGCGUCCUGGCGGGAGCCGCGGCGGUCAUCCUGGUCAUCCUGCUCGUAGUCACGGCUCGGCAGUGCGGCGCUCAGGGCAAGAACGGCUACGAGGCCGGUAAGAAGGAGCCAGAGGAGGACUUCUUCAGUCCUCCGGGGGCUCAGCCGCAGGCCGGACGCGGUAGGGGGUCGGACCGCGGCCGCAAACCCCGACGGGACAAGCGCAAUGGAAGCGGGAGUAGCGUGGUGGCUGGAGGAGGCAAGGCGGACAGAUCCCUCUACAGCGGCAUCGUCACAGUCAACGGACUGCGUCGGCACGCCAACGACGACGACGAGGAGGAUCUGAGCAGCGCCAGCGAGCGCCUGGCGGCCCGGUACUGCGCCAUGGACGGCGACCCCGGCAGCCCGCGGAUGGGCGGCGGCAGGAGGCAUCAGUCAAGCCCGGAUCUGGCCAGGCACUACAAAUCCAGCUCGCCUCUCCCCGCGGUGAACCUGCAGCCACACUCCCCCCCAGCCGAGGGCAAGAAGCACCAAGCGGUCCAGGACCUGCCGCCCUCCAACACCUUUGUGGGCAGCGGCGGUUGCGUGGGGAGCGCCGGCUCCAGCAGCAGCAGCAGCGGCGGCAGUGGCAACGCGGACGCCAUGUCCCUGGGAUCUGACCAGUGCUCGGAGUAUGGCUGCCAGACCGGGAACAAGUACAGCAAACAGGGAACCCUUCGCCGGGUGACCUUCUCCGUAGUCAGCCAGCCCCAGGACGGCGGCUGCUACGACAGCGGCCUGGAGGACUCGGAGACGCCGAGCAGCAAGAGCUCGUCGGGGCCUCGGCUCGGAGCGCUGCCGCUGCCGGAGGAGGGCUACGAGAGGACCACACCGGAGGGCAGCGUGGGGGAGGAGGAGCAUGUGGAGAACGAUGCCAGACAGCUGCCAGAUGUCGCUCUGACAGGGAAGUGCACCAGGGAGUGUGACGAGUUCGGCCACUCAGACACCUGUUGGAUGCCCGUCCGCCCUUCGCCUCGCCAGCGCCAGCGCCACGGCAGCGACCCCCCGCGGCUCUCCACCUUCGCCCCCGGGGACGACAACAACAACCUCCGCGGAAACGACCACGAAAGCGACAGCGAGAGCGCCGGCAGCGCGGGGAGCUCGGAGCCUGGGAUGGGCGUGGGCGGAGAAGGUCAGAGGCUACCCUUGGCCAACGGCGAUCCCCUCGGCACCCUGGGGGGCGGAGACCGCAACAGGAACAUGGGCGACCACAACCGCAACCUCCUGAACCGCAAGAUGACCUCGGCGUCCUACGACACGUUCAGCAGCGCGGGCUUCGGGAGGCGCCAGCAAGAGGAGGAAGGAGGAGAGGGCCAGAACCCGACCGAGGUCAUACCGCUGACGCGCACGGGAGGCGACUACAAGACCACGUCCUGCCUCACGCUGUCCCGCCGAGAGGUCUACCUGUGACCGCCUUGCGAUUGAAACAAUCACUCCCUUUUCUGAAAAUAAAAUAAAAAAAGACAGGGAGGGUUUAGACUUUACUGUCAUGAGUUUGGACGGCCUUUUUAACCCGCGAAGAUGUGAAAAUGUCGGAAAAAAUAUGUUUUUCCAAAAGGCUGUGUAUCAAAUUGGAUUUUGGAUUCUGACUACUAUUUAUAGGCACCUAAACUAAGGAAGCGUUGAAUCAACUCUUCGGAGAGCUCUGACCAGGAGUACCUUCUAAAAAAUAUGUUUUAACUACUACUGAAAGUUGCCCAGAGGCGAUGA